CGCACCGCCGGCGACUGAGGAGCUAGGGUUCACUCGCUCUCUUCCUUUCUCUGCAGAUGGAGGCCUCUCAAGAAGCAGAGGGAGGGGUCCCCCAUGGAGAGCCUUCGAGCACCCCUGAUGCUUCUAAAACAAAGAAGGAAUCCCUCCCUGAUGUGCUCUCCAGGCAUAGGAAAGAAAUCAAGGAGCUUCAAGAUAAAGAGUUGAAUCUUAAAAAAGCGGCCGCAAGAGGCAGCAAGGCCGAACAAAAAGCCAAGAAGAAGUUGGUGGAUGAUGAAAUAUCCCAACUUUCCACUCAACUGAAAGCAAAACAUGUAGAAGAACUUGCUUCCUUAGGCUACAAAAGCAAUGAAGGCAACGAAAAGGGUGAUUUAAACAAUUUAGUUAUGGCCAUAGCUGGUGUCUCUGCUACCGGUCAUGGUGAUUCAUCAUCAAAGCCCAGCAAAAGUGCCAAGAGACGUAGUAGACGAGCUCAGCAAGAAGCGGAAAGAGAACAGAGGAUUCAAGAAGAGCAGAGUAAUAUUGUCAGUGACCGUGUGAUUGAAAACGAGAAGCUCCAGAAAAAACUUGAGCCACUUGGAUUAACAAUAAAUGAAAUAAAGCCGGAUGGCCACUGUCUCUACCGUGCUGUCGAGGACCAACUGCAACUUCACUCGAGUGCCUCUCCAUAUGGUUACCUAGAACUCCGAAAGAUGACUGCAGAUUACAUGAGAGAACAUGCCGAAGAUUUCCUCCCUUUCUUUCUUUCAGAUGGUAAACUUGAGGCAGAUUCUGAUGCUUCGCCACCAGAAAGAUACAAGAAGUAUUGUAACGAGGUUGAGAACACAGCAGCUUGGGGAGGACAACUGGAGCUUGGUGCCCUCACACAUUGUCUCAAAAAACACAUUGUGAUUUACUCAGGUUCUUUCCCUGAUGUGGAGAUGGGGAAGGAAUACAAGGAUAACAGCCUAAGCAUAAUGUUAUCGUACCACAUGCAUGCAUAUGGGCUUGGCGAACACUAUAAUUCAGUUGUCCAGACAAACGGAUAGCACUGUCUCGCCUUUGCCCGGAGUUCUUCCCAUCUUUAUCUGGAUCUUGGUCUAUGAAAAACCUAUCUAUCUUUUCACUGAAAUUACUGAGUUGCCAAGUUUUGUUAGUUGUUUAAAGACAAAAAACUCAUACAGGACAGAUAUCUGGUUUAAAUUACAGCAUAAUAUUUUUUGAGGUCUAGACUUCAAAGAAAUGUUGUAAAGCUUUCUUCAAGGAGAAAUGUCCUUUUUUUUAUUA